AAAGGACGAAAAAAAAAAAAAGCCGCGGCGUACCCUGCGCUAAUCGGCCAGACCAGACCAAGAUAACCUGAGUCACCUAAUCCUAGCAGUACUUCUUAUCACGGCUCGCCUCAUAAACUUUUUGCAAUUCUUGAACUCCAGUCUCGCUACAUAUCGUUAUUUGCAGGUUCCUUUUGCACCAUCACCUUCCCUGUAGGAGGUCUUUCAGUAGUUUUUUGGGUGCCGCGCUUGCCAAUUGGGCCAUGGCAUCUACAUCGCGAGCUCUGAGCAAGCUCUCGACGACGCCAAUGUCGGGAGUCGCAUCCCAGGCCGCAUCCAGACUCCUCACACACGCCUCGCGCCGGACCGUCGCCCCGUCGAGACUUUCUGCUCUUGGCGCCGCCCUCGUCGCCCAGCAGUCGCGCCGUGGCUAUGCCGACCUCGUCACCACCCCUCCGGCGCCCAAGAGCAAGCGCCGGUUCCGCACCUUGAGGUGGGCAUGGCGUCUGUCCUUGCUCUCUGCCCUCGGCGGCGUGGGCUGGAUCGGCUAUGGCGUCUACCAGGACAGGCAUCCCGAGCCGCAGAUCGAGGCCGACCCGACCAAGAAGACGCUUGUCAUUCUAGGGACCGGCUGGGGCUCUGUUUCCCUCCUCAAGCGGCUCGAUACGGAGAACUAUAACGUUAUCGUCAUCUCGCCGCGCAACUACUUCCUCUUCACGCCGCUGCUCCCGUCAUGCACUACGGGCACCAUCGAGCACCGCUCCAUCAUGGAACCGAUCCGCACCAUCCUGCGCCACAAGCGCGCCAAUGUCAAAUUCUACGAGGCCGAGGCGAGCUCCAUCGACCCCGACCGCAAGGUGGUGCGCGUCAUCGACAAUUCCGAGGUCAAGGGCGCCACGGUGGAGACGGAGGUGCCCUACGACAUGCUGGUGAUCGGCGUGGGCGCCGAGAACGCGACGUUUGGCAUCCCCGGCGUGCGGGAGAACUCGUGCUUCCUCAAGGAGAUUGCCGACGCGCAGCUGAUCCGCAAGAAGAUCAUGGACUGCGUCGAGACGGCCGCGUUUAAGGACCAGUCGCCCGAGGAGAUUGACCGGCUGCUGCACAUGGUCGUGGUUGGCGGCGGACCGACGGGCGUCGAGUUUGCGGGCGAGCUGCAGGACUUCUUCGAGGAGGACAUCAAGAAGCUGAUCCCCGACAUUAGCGACCGGUUCCGGGUGACGCUGAUUGAGGCGCUUCCCAACGUGCUGCCCAGCUUCUCCAAGCAGCUUAUCGAGUACACGGAGAGCACCUUCAAGGAGGAGAAGAUCGACAUCAAGACCAAGACCAUGGUCAAGAAGGUGACGGACAAGACGGUCGAGGCUGAGAUUACUGGCCCCGACGGCAAGAAGGAGAAGGUGGUGUUCCCCUACGGCCUACUGGUGUGGGCCACGGGCAACGCGGUGCGCCCCGUGGUCAAGGACCUGAUGGUGCGCAUCCCCGCGCAGAAGGACUCGCGCCGCGGCCUGGCCGUGAACGAGUACCUCGUGGUGCAGGGCACGCGCGACAUCUGGGCGGUGGGCGACUGCGCCGUGGCCGGGUACGCGCCGACGGCGCAGGUGGCCGGGCAGGAGGGCACGUUCCUGGCGCGCCUCUUCAACAACAUGGCCAAGACGGAGGCGCUCGAGGAGAACAUCCGCGACCUCAGCGGGUCGCUGAACCUCAAGCCCGGCAACGCGGCUGAGGUGUCGCGCGAGAUCGAGGAAAACGAGCGCCAGCUGCGCCGUAUCAAGGAUGUUAAGCCCUUCCACUACAGUCACCAGGGCAGCCUCGCCUACAUUGGCAGCGAGAAGGCUGUCGCCGAUGUCAGCUGGUUUAACGGGAACUUUGCGUCGGGCGGCAGCCUUACAUAUCUGUUCUGGAGGAGCGCGUACCUGUCUAUGUGCUUUAGCACGCGCAAUCGGCUACUUGUUAUCAACGACUGGCUAAAGUCUAAACUCUUUGGGCGUGAUGUCUCGCGGGAGUAAAUGGAGCUUUACCUACCUUACCUAGAUAGACAUAUUUGUUUAUCGCUCUCUUGCAGCAGUCUUCUGGCAUUCUUCAUUCUACCCCGUUUGGGCAAAGCUGCUUGUUGUGUGCGUCGAAUGGGGCAGCUUUCAGUCAGCGUGGCCUGUACAUUGUCGUAUGAGAAACGUGUAACCUCCUUUUUUUUCUU